UUCUUAUCACAGGUAUAAUGGAAAGUACAGGGCUAUCUUUCUCCAGAUACUUUGUUGUUAUGAAUCUCCUCCAGAUGACAAUAUCAAGUUCAGAACAAUUCAUAGUGAAUAGCUUAUAGAGGCCAAUCUUGGCUCCACUGGGUGGAAAAGUUGAGCUCAGUUGCCAGCUGUCUCCACCACAAAGCGCAGAACACAUGGAAAUACGCUAGUUCCGGAGUCAGUACACACGACCUGUUUACCUGUAUAAGGAUGGUAAAGACCUGUAUGGAGAAACUAUCUCCAAGUAUGUGGAGCGGACAGAGCUCCUGAAAGAAGCCAUUGGAGAAGGUAAAGUGACCCUCAGGAUCCUUAAUGUCAGUGCUGAUGAUGACGGGCAGUACCACUGCUUCUUCAAAGACGGAAAUGUCUAUGAAGAGGCCAUCACAGAAGUGAAGGUCACAGCUACAAGUUUAGAAAUACAAAUUCUUAUUCAUCCUCCGAAUAGCAAAGGUCUUUUAGUGGAGUGUAAUUCAGAAGGUUGGUUCCCACAGCCUCAAAUGGAAUGGAGAGAGAGCAGAGGAGAGAUCAUUCCGCCUGCAUCAAAAUCCUAUUCCCAGGAUAGAAACAAAUUGUUCAACAUGAAGAUGAGCCUUCUCCUUAGAGACAGCUCCCAUGACAACAUCACUUGCUACCUUCAAAACCCUGUAACUGGUCAAGAGGAAAGGACAAGCAUUGUCUUACCAGAUAAACUGUUUCCAUGGAAUUCUAUCUGGAUACUGAUUCUGGUUGCAAUCUUGGCUGUUCUGCUAUUCUUCAUUAUGUUGCCAAGUGUUGAACUACAGCAAAAAGAGCAACGUAACUGGUGUGACUAGAAUUCUCCCUGCCUGAUAGGCAUUGGGAUAGUCUUCUUUUCAAUGUGUGUAAUUGUUGGACUCAUUAUUGGUUUGCAUCGCAGAAACAGAGGGCUCUACAAUCAGCAGGUGGCAAACCCACUGAUGUUUCUGUCCCUCCUUCAGGUUGGCAAGUUCCCCCAGGCCCCGGAUAGGCAGACAUUGCCUCUCCCUGUGGCCACCAGCAGCAGCAGCCCAUGGGGUGUUUUACUUAAAGUUCAGGGGCUCUUUGAUCAGCUUGUGAUUAAUGCUACCAGGCCUUGGACUCAACCUUCAGUUCAGGAUGUGGGCCUCCUUGAUUUCAUAGUUCUCUUUUCUUGUUACCUAGAGGACAUACUCUCUCCACCCACCUGCAAACACUUGUGUGGGAGUAGCUAUCUCAACAUCAUGAGCAAAAGCAUUAUGCUAGGUCAGCUCAGUGCUAAAGCAACAGGGAUAGAGAAGAGGGAAGCAGAGUCCCUGCUCUCAAGGAGGCCAGAACAAGAAUUGUUGUUCACAUAUCUGGUGCCGAAGGAGCAGAAGGAAGAAGUUGUGGAGAAGGUGGGCAAACAGAGAAGAGGAAGAGCCUUCCACCAGAGACCAGUAUGA